AUGCCCGACCCUGAUUCCGACGACGAGCGCGAGAUCGAGCGACUCGCGUCCAACAACCCAGCAAUGACUGUACCGGCCAGUCGAGUCAUCUCCCAGCGCGAGUUCAACCGUCUCCGGUCACGAUCCCAUUCUCUCCAAAAAGUGCAGACCUUAUCCGACCCGUCUGGCGGCUCAGAGACAAUUGCCAAACGGUCGAGAUCAUCACCAUCUCCGUCGCCCGUGCCGCCACCUACAAAAUACGACGUUGGCUGGCGCAGGGUUGUCCGCAACUUCUCGCCGUCAUGGUUCUCGGUCACAAUGGGCACGGGAAUUGUUUCUCUGCUUCUCAUCACUAUCCCUUUCAAGGCGGACUGGCUUUACUGGCUAUCCGUGGUUUUCUUUGGUCUCAACACCGUCCUCUUCUCCCUCGCCCUCCUCAUAUCCAUCCUCCGAUACACGCUAUAUCCUGAGAUCUGGAGUGUCAUGAUCGCCGACCCGACGAACUCGCUGUUCCUGGGGACGAUCCCGAUGGGUUUCGCCACGCUGGUCGAGAGCUGGAUAUUCUUGUGUUGUCCUUACUGGGGCUACUGGUCCGUCACGUUCGCCUGGGUUUGCUGGAUGAUCGACGCCGUCGUCGCCGCCGCCGUGACGGUAUCUCUGCCGUUUCUCCUCAUGAGCCAGAGCCACCAGCACCAACUCGACCGAAUCACAGCGGCACAAUUGCUACCCAUCGCUGCCACGAUUGUAGCAGCCGGAGCAGGUAGUGAAAUCGCCGAACUGCUCUCCGAUCCGAACCACGCCUUGGGGACGCUCUUGACCUCGUACGUGAUGUGGGGCAUGGCGACUCCCUUUGCCAUGGCAAUACUGGUCAUCUACUACCAGCGCCUCGCGCUGUAUAAACUUCCACCUCGCGAAGUGGUCGUGAGUUCGUUCCUCCCUUUAGGGCCACUAGGCAUGGGCGGCUACACGAUAAUGUAUCUGGGUCGCGUGUCCCGCGAGGUUCUCCCUCGCGUCCACCUCUUCCGCGACCUCCCACUCACAUUGGCCGGGGACGUCUUGUACGUUUUCGGCGUCUUCGUCGCCCUCAUCAUGUGGGGGUUCGGCCUUGUAUGGCUCGUCUUCGCCCUGGCGACCAUCUACUCGACCCGUCCGUUCCCCUUCAACAUGGGCUGGUGGGGGUUCACGUUCCCGCUGGGCGUGUACGCCAUCAGCACCAUGACCUUCGGCGUCGAGAUGCCCAGCCUCUUCUUCAAGGUGCUCGGAACGAUCUUGAGUGUCGCCGUCAUGGUCCUGUGGUGCGUCGUCGCCAUGGGCACGGCCAAGGGUGCCUGGUCAGGGCAUUUGUUCUUCGCGCCGUGUUUGAAGAAUCUGAAAAAGGAGCAUCGCGUGCCUGAGAAUCCUCCGUCUAACGAAGAAGCUGGAGAUAAGUUGUCGAAAACGAGUACGCGUACGUAG